AUGCCAUUCUGGAACGCCCUUUGGGAGGACUGUCUGAAGAAGAACGAAAAGACAGCUCGAGGCGUUGGCUUGGAGGAAACGUUAAAUGUCAUGCAGGCCUUCAAGGAAGAGAUCGUGAAUCCAUACACGGAUACAUCCGACUGGACCGAGGUUCACUAUUUAGCAAGGUUCAUGUACCAUGCAUUACGCCACAACACUAGACAUCUCGAUGGACUAUUCAAGAACCGUGCGCUCCGCCCAAGAGAAGCGGAGAUCUUGAUGUGGUCGGUCUUGAAGGCAAUUCAGCACCUUCACGCCCCGUCACAGAUCAACCGGCCAAGCGGGGGUAGAGCGUUAUUAGACGGUCAUUUUAAUCCAAAAGCCACCCAGAAGAGGACCGCUCGGAAUGUUCCCCGUACCAAGAAGAAGCGAUUGAAAACAGGUUCUGAGCAGAACCCUUUUUCCAACGGCCCGGGGGAGGAAGACCUAAUACCGGAAGACGGCACCGAUCCCACUAACAAAACUCCCCCAAAUGAUACUACAAUCUCGGAGGAAGAUGCUGGACAAGUUGAGAACUUAUUUGGCAUUGUGUCCCAGAUGAUGUCUGAGUCUUGGAAAACAAUGAUUAAAUCGUACGGCCGGGAAGAAUAUCCGACUAAAAAGUCGACCGAAUUCGAUCCAGCUGAUCCAUACUGGCAGCUAAUGUUCGCGCGUACAGCCAUGCAAUAUGCAGAAAUUGAUAAGGCCAGUGAUGUGGUUCAACAGGGGUCGGAUUGGACUGAUCCUGAUUUUCAAGAUAUCUCCAAUGAUGCGAUAUCAAAAAGCGGCCAUGACGCAGGCGUUGAAAAGCAGGAAUCUCAGUGGUCCAGUGGCGAUCCUCAUGCUGGUGUCGAUGAAGUCCAAGAAGUUCGUGAGCAAGUUGAACCUGCAUAUGAUCCUAUUGAUUCCAGUGACAGGGAGACUUUUCUUGAUCUCAACUGCUUUCAAGCGGACGAGGUAGCUAGCAUGCGAGUUGAUGAAGAGUCAGAGCAUGUGCCGCCAUCGUACCUGAUGACAGUGACGGAAGACAGUUUGAAGUCGUACCGCAGUCAGUUGUUGUGGAUGGACAACUCGCAAUAUCAGCCUCAUGACUUUGAUGCAGCCGUAUCACAGCUGUAUCUUGCUGCACCAGAAGAUGACGAAGUCUCCAUCGUGAAGGUACGCCAUCGAUAUAUGAGGAGCAAUUGUUCUCUGGAACCAUGGCAGGUACUUGGAGUUGCUCGUCUGUUGGAAAUCAGAGAGGCAAGGCAGAACGACAUUCCUUUGUCCACUGGAGCGUUUUUGGGCGAUGUCAUGGGUCUCGGCAAGACAUACCAGGCUAUAGUGUACAUAUUAGAGAUCCUGAGACGGGCAAAAUGCCGGCACAGUGCGUGGCAAGCUAAGAGCACUAAUAAUACCAAGGCUACCGCACCAGUACCGACUUACCGGCCCUUUCUAUUGAUCGUUCCAUCCGCAAUUCUGAUGCAAUGGGCGAAUGAGAUCCAGAAAGUGACAGAUGCUUUCGAUGUCCGCAUUCUCUUUGGAGACAAGAAAGCUUAUAAAACCGGGACCUGGAAAAAAGCCUCCUUGAUUACUGAACCUCUUACUUGUCACAGUGAGGUGUUCGAUGGCUCGUUCGAAAAUGCAAACGUGGUAAUCCUGACAACAUAUGACACUUUCCGUUCCCGUCAUGGGCCCCCCGCCGUAGAAAGAUGGUUACGAAAACAAGGUAGAAAGAAUCCGAUGCAGUAUAGUCCCUCGCUGGCUGCAAGCGACUACAAGCCUCCGGGCUGGCCUGGGGAUCUGGGGGGCGUCUUUCACGACGUGAUCCUGGACGAAGGGCACACCGUUCGCAAUAAGGAUAGCGGGUUAUCGAUCAGCAUUCGCUGGUUGCAAGCCAGAUUUCAUCUGAUCAUGUCCGGUACCAUUUUCUACAAUAGUAUUAUGGACUUUGCUGGAUAUGUGGAUCUCAUUGUGGCCGAGGAGGCGAAUCAGGUGUGGGACCAGCCGGACAAGAUGCGGGAGUUGAAUGUUGGACCUGGUGAUAAUCCCUUCGCGCUGGAUGAUUCUCACCCUGGUGCGUUCUUACGAUUCACCCGCCGGGCCCUCGAUCGGUUUGUAUUUUCAAAUUCGAUUACAGUCGCCGUCGCCAGUGUCCGUCUAAAGAUGAUCAUGCCGUCCAUCAUGGUCCGCCGAACUCUCAGUUCCGUCAUCCACAUCCGUGGGAAAACGGCCGUCAUUGGCGCUCGUAUUCCCCCUUCACAGACCCGUAUCAUCAAUGUUCAGUUUACUGACGCUGAGAGGAACCUUUACGACACUUUAGUGGCACCCCAUUACAAAGGAUUGAUUAUGGAGAAGGAUCACAAGAUUGUGCUCAACAUGGCCAAAUACCGCAUGCUCACGCUUCUGACCACAUGGCUGGGUUUUGAAUACGUGGAGAGCGUACUUACUGCUUCCAACCUCGACGACUUUCUGAGACUCUUCGCAUACAACACCGUGUGUCAAAGUCUGGGGCGGACCGUGCAUCGUAAGCAGUAUGCGAAUGCGAGGACGUGGUUUGAUGCUGCAAGGAAAGAAGGAAAAAGGAUCUACCCUUCGAUCAAUGCGAUCCGAACCCUGUUACGAGGGUCUCCUAAGAUGAGAGCUAUGCUUCCUAUCGUAAUCCAUAACUGUCUCAUUCGAAAGGAAAAGCAGAUAAUCUGGUGUAAUUUUCCCGCCAAUCAGAUCCAUGUUGCGGCAGUGCUGAAAGAGUGCAGCAUCGAUGCUCGGAUCUUCCACGCCAAGCUCGAUUACAGACAACGCGAUAUCCUGAUUCAUGCAUUUACUAACACGGACGAGUGCCAGAUCCUGAUCAUGUCUCUGGCGGUCAAUGCGCUGGGCCUGAACUUGCAACCACGAUGUAAUAUCAUGCAUUUCUACGAUCUGCCAAUAACCAAGGCUGUCAUGGACCAGGCAAUUGGUCGCCUUCGCCGGUUUGGCCAGCAACUUGUCGUCAUUGUCUAUGUUUACCAGGUCAGCAAGAGCUGGAAUACGAGGCAGGCUACCGCUGCAGGUCAGAAGGCUGUCGCGAGUAUGAUCUGCGAUCUGAAUGUGGAUAUGUUCAAGGUGGCAAUCCAAAGUACGGAGGAUGUGCGAUUCUUGAACUGGGUUGUCCGCAACGGCCACCUGCAUCGACUAGGGGAUGGAGAGCAGCCACUAGCAGAGGAUAUUACAGAGGACACUCAGAUUCUUCAGGCUAUUCAAGACUCCUUCGUUGAACAGGUUGGUCUUGCCGCCGACUCUAAUAACUUAUGA